ACUGAAGUGUGUGACAUAUUACGCCAAUUGUCAAAUGAUCUGCCUGACCCAUGGUACCUAGGAGCAGAUGGUCACUCACCCUCCUCAGCAUUAUAUGCACUUGAAGAUGAUCUCCAUCUUGGUGCUGAAGAUAAACAAGAAUUGGUAGAAUUACUCAUGAACUGA